AUGGGGAGCAGUGGCCGACAGGAGAGGGUACUGAGCCGAGGUCCUGGCUUUGACCCUGUGACAAAGGGUAGAGACCCUGGGGGCAAGGGCAUCAAUGCUUCCAGGGACAACACGAAGUCGUUUUGCUAUAUUCCCAUUGUGAGCAGUGUGACCCUGUGGGACAGAGGCGCAUCUCAUACAAACCCUAGCCCUCGUCGUGAAAAGAGAGCCCUGCCCUGCUCCAGGUUUGUCAACCACAUGAAGAGUUUUUCUGCAUCACGUAAAACGGAUAAAUUACAUUUUCUUCCAUUUCCAGGGUUUGUAGAAGGGACUCAUAGUCCAAUGACAGGUAAAAGACUUUAUACUCACCAGUUCAUAACCCCCAACUCUCCAGCGAGCACAGUCUCUUUCGAAGAAGAAAUCUAUGAAGAAGAAAGUCCUCCCCUGUCAUCAUCCAGUGAAAUGGAUGAAGAAGAUUUGUUCUUUACUGUCAAAGAAGAAAUACAAAAGCGACCUGGAGGACCACUGAAGCAGGCCUGGAUCAGCCCAUUUCUGGAAAAGCAAGCCGCAAAUAAACUUCUUAAAAGAUCACACUCAGUGAAUACGGUUUCUUUGGAAGCUGCAGGUAGACACAUACCACUUCAGAACCAUCCCUUGGGCAACUCCAAGGGAGAUUCUGGUCCUGUGCUGAGACCUUUCACUGCCAUCGGCCUCUGCAAAAGUAUCAGCCAGAGCUCCUCUUCCCCGCAGAUCAUCUGUAAGAUUCCCUCCGAGUCUGUGCAGCAGGAAAAAGUGACAGCCUCGAGAUCCUCGACAUCCUCGACCACAAACACAGAUUCCCUAAGCAUAUGUGGAAGUGCAUUAGGAAGAGGCUUGGUUGCUGUCACACCAGAGAUGAUCCCCAAGCAUCCUCAUUCCCCCACUGAACGCAGGUCAAAGGCAGCUAGCACCUACCGUGUCCAAGUGGCCAAGGAGCCUCUGCCUCUCCUUGUGGGCUGUUCCUCCCAUUUAUUUUCCAAGAAGUUAAUGAAGGUUUGCUCCUCAGCAGCCCCGCGCCCACCCCGGAGGUUCCAUACGGCUUGUUCAGAGACUCUUUCGAGGCCGGUGGUGAAUGCGGUGGUGAAUGCUCACUUACACUGACUGCUGAGAAGGAAUUGUUCUGCGAGCGCUGCCCAUCUUCCAAUCAAUGCCUGCCCAGAACAACAGAAAGGGCCUCAGAUGUAUUGGUUUCCACAGAACCAUUGUUAGGCUUUGUGAAGCAUUUUUGAACCUAAUAAAUAAUGUCAAAAGUC